CAGCAGUGAAAGGUGCUCCCAGACUGCGGGUCAUUGUAGGGAGGGGAGGUGGAGCAUUGGAUUUACAAACGGGCUGACAAAAACUAUGAGGAGCGCAGUACCAUACCACUGGAUGUCUCUCCUGGAUUAAUUACCACUGCCUCAACAUCUCCCACAGGAAGACACUGAGGUCCCUUAUAUCUCAGAAAACAGAGAGGAUGGAGGAAGAGGACUACGACUACGACAACUCCAGCUCCAACGACAGUGACUACUACGACGACUACCACUCGGUGUGCGACAAAGCGGAGGUGCGUUCUUUCGGCCGGCUCUUCCUGCCCGUAGUCUACGCCUUGGCUCUGGUGGUGGGCGUGGCAGGCAACGCUGUGGUCGUGGUGGUGUAUACGUCGCCACGGCGACUGCGGACGCUGACAGACAUGUGUAUCCUGAAUCUUGCCGUGGCCGAUUUACUCCUUCUCCUCACGCUGCCCUUCUGGGCGGCCGACGCUGUGCACGGCUGGCGGAUCGGAGUGGCUGCCUGCAAGUUCACCUCCUUCCUCUAUGCCACCAACUUCAGCUGCGGCAUGCUGCUGCUAACCUGCGUUAGCGUGGACCGCUACCGUGCACUGGUCCACAACGCUGGAGGCCGGGCCGCGAGUGGCCCGCGGGCCAGGAGACAGUGGAUAUUAGUGUGUGUCGUGGUGUGGGCCACGGCGGUUUGCCUGGGCCUGCCUGACAUGCUGUUCUCCACGGUGAAGCACUCGUCUCAUCGUCUAGCCUGCGCGGCCGUCUACCCCCUUAGCAUGGCUCGGCCGACCAAGGCUGCCCUGGAGCUGCUGGAGGUGCUGCUGAGCUUCCUCCUGCCGUUCCUGGUCAUGGGGGUGUCUUACUGUCGGGUGGGCCUGGCGCUGGUUAGGGUCGGAGCCAAUGUGUGCAGGGACAGGAGGCGGCGGGCCCUGCGGGUGCUGCUGGCCGUGGCGGCGGUGUUCCUGCUUACCCAGCUGCCCUACAACCUGGUGAAGCUGUGGCGGACGCUGGACGUCAUCUAUGGCCUGGUGACCGACUGUGACCUCAGUAAGGGUCUGGACCGGGCUCUCCAGGUGACGGAGAGCCUGGCGGUCACACACUGCUGCUUCAACCCAAUGCUCUACGCCUUCAUAGGCUCCUCUUUCAGAGGACAUGUCCUCAGGGUCGUCAAGCGCCUCGGACAGCGCCUCGGGGGGAGGUGGUGCGGUGGUCACUACGGCAAUGAGGAGAGGGCGUUGGAGAUCUCGCUAAAUACACACACCCCCGCCAGGCAAACACACUCACACUCUGUCUCGGAGGACGAGGACACCAGCACCUUCACCAUCUAACAUGUCUAAAAACUCUGAACUCUCAUUAUGGUGAGAGUGGCUCACUACGGAUCGUGGUGACCGAGAGGGCAAAUGCACAACACUUCUAUUGACUUUUCUGAAAAUACUUAAAGGGGCAAUCUGGGAUUCAAAAGGUCCAAAAAUGAAUGUACCAAUCACAGAUGUCCCCCUUUUUUUUUUAAAGCAGUUGCUCUAUACCAGCAUUUCGAAAAGCCGUUGCGAUACAUAUAUAACUGUUAAGUAACUUUGACAUCAAGAUAAAUCUGUAUUUAUCUAAGUAAAUAAUAUAUUACAUCUAGUCAAUCUUUAGUAUAGCAGAAUCUUGUGUAAAUAAAAUAAGUUGUUAUUAUGUGAUCCCCCCCACUAUUUCUCAUAUAUGAAAACAUCAAAUAAAUCUAAAAAUGAGAAGGAACGGCUCCCUCAAGCUAAA